GAUUCUGGGUUGGGAGAGAUUCCAGUUUCCAAAAUAGGGAAUCUCCUCGGUGUGGCUUUUUCAAGUGAUAACAUUCAUUCUUCACCGAGGGAGGGAGAUCGGAAAAUCGGAACUCAAAAUCCAUCUCUCGCCGGAAACCAUGGAUUCGAUGGUUCGAACCCAAUAGCGGAUCCAAUAGCUUCAAAGGCCAUGGAUUUAGUCAGGGGUUUCUGGAGGAAGCACAGAAGGAAGAUUUUGGUGACGACGAGUUGUUUAGGAAGUGGGUAUUUGCUUUACAAACUAUACAAUGCCCAUACUCGUAAGCUCGCCGACUUGGAACGUGAGCUUGCCAAAGAGCGUGAAAAUGACGAAAUCAUCAAAACCCAAAUGAAGGCCCAUUUCGAGAACAUUCAGAUGAUUGCUGAUACUACGACACUGCCUCACGCGAUGCGUCACUUGAGUAGCCGCAUUGCUGAGGAGAUCGAUGUCUCUAGUAUUAUGGAGAAGCUAAGAAAAGGAAAAGGAACAUUGACUCCUCCUGAGAAGCUUCAACUCUGGACUGAGCUCAAAGUCUUGAGUUUCACGAGGAUGGUUUUGUCGCUGUGGUCAGUCACCAUGCUUAGUUUGUACAUUAGGGUUCAAGUCAACAUUUUGGGCAGACAUUUGUAUAUCGACACUGCUAGAGGUCUUUGCAGCUCCCAUUUACUUGAAGAGUUGGAUCUCAUAGAUAGAGAUGACGAACAAAAGUUUUUGACAAGUGCUGAUUAUCUUGCGACCAAUGGCAUGCCGAGUUUGAUUUCAAAUAUGAAGAGUGCGGUGAAAGAAGUUCUUAAGGGAACGCAGUUGAAGGAUGUGUUAACCACAAGAAUUCUUCAAGAAAAUGUGGUCCAGAUUCUUGAUGUGUUUAUGAGCACUGGAUGUCCACAUCACUGGGUAGAUUAUUUAAUGAUGGCUCAAGACACAACAAUGCUUCCAAGAGACACAACCACCACUGAUGUUUUCUCUUCGGAUGCAACUGUCACCAAGUUUCAUCAACUCGUAACCGAGACACGGGAAGUACUCACAAGCACUGAAUUUACAGAUGUAGCAGAGAUCGCACUCAAGUCUUGUACCGUAGCGUUAGUAGAGGAAAUGGAAAAGCAGACCGGUUUGGCCACGGGGAUGCAAUUGGCGAAGCUCGUGCCACAGAUUGAGAAGACGAUGCCGGAGAUUUCAGCUGUACCGGACAAAAACCGGUUCUUGCAACUCAUCCGAGAUUUGCCUGAAUAUUACACAUCUUAUAAUUUCCCGGGCCCUAAUAUUCCGAGGCCCAAUAUAACCGGGUCGGGUCAGGGAACCGAGGCGGUCAUGGCGACGAACAAUGGGGACGUGUUGAUGCUGGAGGCGGCGCCGGAGGCUGCAAGGCCCUGGGCGAGCGCGGCCAACGCAGAGGUUAUCGAUGCGCUUCCUUAUAUCGACGAUGACUACGGUAAUCAAAAGAUGAAGACGGAGGUCGACCGCUUGGUGGAAGAAGAGAUGCGUCGCAGCUCUAGGAAGCCGGCUGAUUUUCUCAAGGAUUUGCCUCCUCUUCCUAAGUUCGAUUUCGAGAGCUGCCCAAUACUUGGCAAAGAGUAUGAGCGUGUUCGAGCCGGGAAGCCUCCAGUGCGGAUCGAUUUUGAAUCCCGAUACAAGCUCGAAAUGCCGCCUGCUAAUAAGAAAAAUGAUGAUGCUGCCUGGAAACAGUAUCUUCAGAAGAAUCAACGGUCAUUGCAACAGAAGAUGAUCGAGCUUGAGAAUUUGGAAUUGAUGUCAAAACAUGGCCCCGAGCUUUGGAGACAGAACAACCAUCGGCUAGAAGUAUUCUUGACCAGAAUGCAAAGACUAGCUCAGGAGCAGAACGAGGAAAUUGAAAAAGUUAAUCGUGAAAGGAAGUAUCAUCAGCAAACCACAGCGCACGAGCUCAAUGCGCUAUCUCAUGAAUGGAGACAGCUCUGUGUGAAGAAUAUGGAGAUUCAAUCUGCUUGUGCCGUGCUUGAGACACAAAUCGAGUCCUUCAAAAGGGAAGCUGCUGAAAGGGAAUGGAACUUAGAAGAAAAACUAGAGAGUGCUAAGCCGCUUCAAACGCAGUGAGGCAACCGUGAUGGGGCUCUGUUGGUGCCGCCUUUACUUGCGUUUAUCAAGCUUUCUAUUAAUCUAUCAUCAUGUCUCCGUUAUAUUUUCAAAUAUUAUUUGUAGAACAAGAUAAUGAUUUUAUCAGAAACAUAUCAGGUGAAUGAUUGUCUCUGUUUAUGUGAUGAACAAAUAACAUUUUAGAAUGAUGCAGUGACCUGUUGUGUAGGUUUUUGUUAAAAGUACAUUCCCUUUCACCUUUAUUUUUCUUCCCUCCUAUAAUUCUCUCUCA